AUGAUGCUGAGAAUCAAGAGAGUUCCAACUGUUGUUUCUAUUUACCAAAAGGAAGAGGCAGAGGAAGGCGGCUGUGGCAGGAAUUGCCUGAGAAACUGUUGCCUUCCAGGAGCAAAGCUGCCUCUGUAUGCUUUCAAGAGGGUGAAUAAGAUUUCUUGUGAUAGUGGUUUGGUUGACUUUGAGGAUAAAGAGGCUCCCGUUGCCUUCUUGGACUCCCUUCUUCUUGGGGAGUGGGAGGAUCGUAUGCAGAGAGGCCUCUUUCGCUAUGAUGUCACUGCUUGCGAAACCAAGGUGAUUCCGGGGGAAUAUGGCUUUAUUGCACAGCUGAAUGAGGGCAGGCACCUUAAGAAGAGGCCGACUGAGUUUCGAGUUGAUAAGGUAUUGCAGCCGUUUGAUGAGAACAAGUUCAACUUUACUAAGGUUGGGCAAGAGGAGGUGCUCUUCCAAUUUGAACCAAGCUAUGACGAUGAAGUCAAGUUCUUGCCAAGCGCACCCAUUGAUGUGGAGAAUUCACCUAGUGUCAUUGCUAUCAAUGUCAGUCCUAUUGAAUAUGGACAUGUGCUGUUGAUCCCCCGGAUUCUAGAAUGCUUGCCUCAGAGGAUUGACCAUGAAAGCUUCUUGCUUGCUCUGUACAUGGCUGCCGAAGCAGGGAAUCCUUACUUCCGAUUGGGCUACAAUAGCUUAGGUGCAUUUGCCACCAUCAACCACCUUCACUUCCAGGCUUAUUACUUGGCUGUGCCAUUUCCUAUUGAGAAAGCUCCCGCCAGGAAGAUAACCACUACAAAUAGCAAGGUGAAAAUCUCUGACAUUCUGAAUUAUCCCGUUAGAGGUCUUGUUUAUGAGGGUGGAAAAACGCUGGAAGAUUUAUCCAAUGUCGUCUCCUACUCUUGCAUCUGCCUACAAGAUAACAACAUUCCUUACAAUGUACUCAUAUCUGAUUCAGGAAGGAGGAUUUUCCUCUUCCCACAGUGCUAUGCGGAGAAACAGGCUCUUGGUGAAGUGAGUCCCGAGCUCCUCGACACUCAAGUUAAUCCAGCGGUUUGGGAAAUCAGUGGACAUAUGGUGUUGAAGAGGAAGAAGGACUACGAGGAGGCAUCUGAAGGGAAUGCUUGGAGGCUUCUUGCCGAGGUCUCCCUUUCUGAAGAGAGGCUCCAAGAAGUGAAGGAUCUUAUAUUUGAAGCCAUUGCUUGCAAUAUUGAUGACGACAAAGGUGUCACUCCAACUUCGCUUGAGGGCUCAGAUGUGACCACUCAAUCUCUUGAAGACGCGGAUGCCCUUACAGGCUCCCACCCUUCUAUGGUCCCUGCCUAG